UUUACCGUCGACGGGUUCGCUUCGCUCCGAUCCGCUCCGCUUUGCAGCAUUUGAUUUGGCAGUGUACGUACCACUCGGAUCUUGGAUCCACCUCGAGUCACGACCUUUUUUUUUGGUGAGCGGCACAGAACCUGUUUACCCGCCUCGUGGAUUUUUGGGCAGCAGGUUGUCGAAUCCGGUGAAAACCUAAUCGCAUCCACACAGAAUACAGAAAGAUAAGACGAAAUCCCACCUGCCAACCAACGAAAUGGAUGAGCAGCAUCGAAACCUGCAGCAAAAUGGCCACGAAGUCAAUGAGAAGCAGGCCAGGAUCGUGUCGGGAUUGGAUCGACCGCUGAAGACUCCACCUCCUGGGGAACAGACAAGGGCAGUGCGACGCCAGGUGGUCGCCGUCAUCUUGGCCAACGUGGGUGUGAUCUCCACGGGCAUGACCUUGGCCUUCCCCACCGCCACACUGCACCAGCUGACGGACAACACGGAGCCAGUGCAUCUGAGCUCCUCCCAGGCCACCUGGUUCGCUUCGGUAAAUGCCCUAUCGGCUCCGCUGGGCGGUUUGCUGUCCGGCUUCUUGCUGGACAGGAUCGGAAGGAAGAAGUCCCUGAUCGUGCUCAAUGUACUCACUAUCCUCGCCUGGAUUUUACUGGCCACUCCCAGCGAAAGCAACGCUCAAGCCUUCUUUUGGCAACUCGUCGUAUCACGAUUCAUGCUGGGUAUUGGCAUGGGUCUGGCCAGUGCCCCUCCAGGAGUUUAUGCAGCCGAGAUCAGUGUGCCCAAAACGAGGGGUAGUCUUAUCCUGGGCACAUCCAUUUCAGUGGCCGGCGGCAUCACAGUUCUCUACGGGAUUGGGUAUUGCAUCCGCGAUGACUUCCGACUGAUUGCCAUGAUCUGCUGUGGCUACCAGUUGGUGGCCCUGCUCUGCGUCCUCCCACUCCCCGAAAGUCACUGCUGGCUGCUGGCCAAAAAGCGGGUGACGGAGGCCAAGCGGUCACUCAACUACUUCCGUGGUUUUAACAAAUCGGAUGAAAUCACACACCCCCAAGUGCUGGAGGAGUUCCAGAUUCUGCAGAAAUCCCUGCAACAGCGGGACACCGAGGUGAAGGAGUCCUUCUGGCGGAGUCUCAGGCAACCGGAGGUCCACAAGCCACUGGUCAUUCUGAUGACUCUGUUUGGCUUCCAGCAGCUAACGGGCAUCUUCGUGGUCAUCGUGUUCGCCGUGCAAAUUUCCUCGGAGGCGGGCAUUGAGAUCGAUCCAUUCAUGUGUGCCGUGCUCAUUGGUUUGGCCCGCCUGGUCACCACCUGUCCGAUGGGCUACAUCCUGGAAUUGUGGGGUCGCCGGAGGGCGGGCAUCAUCUCGGCCUUGGGCAUGUCCGUCUGCAUGUUUCUCUUGGCCGGACACAGUCGAAUCAAGUUCCUCAAUGAAGUUCCCUACCUUCCGGUGGUGGCCAUUGUGGGCUUCAUUGUGCUGAGCACUCUGGGCCUCUACACCCUGCCGUUCUUCAUGAUCUCCGAGCUUUUUCCGCAAAGGGUUAGGGGUCCAGCUUCGGGACUCACGGUGGCCGUCGGCAUGUUCAUCUCCUUCGUGGUGCUCAAGACUUAUCCCGAUCUCAAGGGCAGGAUUGGCAUGUCCAACUGUUUCAUCUUCUUCGGGUUCAUGGCUUUGCUGGCCCUGGUCUUCAUUUACUGGGCUCUACCCGAGACCCGUCGUCGCACGCUCCUGGAGAUCGAGGAGCAGUUCCGCUCGGGACGGAGUCGCCAAACUCAAGACCAGGCUGAUGUCGAAAUGAAGGAGGUCUUUGUCCGAAGGCCAGAAGAAUAAUGUUUUUAGGGGAGGUGCAAGCUUUAGAGAGUGACAUAAUUUACUUAAGUAGACCCCGUCGAGUGCUUAGUACUGUGAUAGACAAUAACAACAAAAGCAGAAAGACAAAAACCCAUUUUACAAAAUAAGAAAUAAUAAUUCUUUGUUUUCCUCCUGAGAGGUCUAGAAAUUUUACAAAAAUAAUAUAAGAAUAAACUUAGAGGAAACUAGAAAA